AUGGUUCAAGCGCCGAUGCUGUCCUGCCCGCUGAAGCAGACAAACGAGAUCGACUGGGUGACUCCGUUGAAGAACUACAUUGCAAACAACUAUGGCGAUGAUCCGGAGAAAUAUUCGGAAGAGUGUCAAACACUGCAACGUCUGAGGCAGGACAUGAGAGGGGCUAGUAACGACUCAGCCUCGGGAAGAGAUCUAUUGUAUAGAUACUACGGCCAACUUGAGUUGCUGGAUUUGAGAUUUCCUGUGGAUGAACAGCACAUCAAAAUCAGCUUCACAUGGUUUGAUGCGUUCAAAGGCACGCCGACCUCUCAGCACUCGUUGGCCUUUGAGAAAGCCUCCGUCAUCUUCAACAUAUCUGCGGUGCUCUCUUGCCAUGCCGCCGCUCAGAAUCGCGCCGAAGACAAAGACCUCAAGACCGCCUACCAUUCCUUCCAGGCAUCCGCCGGCAUGUUCACCUACAUCAACGAGAACUUCCUUCACGCACCUUCCAACGAUUUAAGCCGCGAAACCGUCAAGACGUUAAUCAAUAUUAUGCUAGGUCAAGCACAGGAGAUCUUCUUGGAAAAACAAAUACGGGAUGGAAAAAAACCGGCGCUGUUGGCGAAACUCGCAGCACAAGCACAGUUUCUUUUCAGCCAAGCCAAAGAGGGACUCGAGUCGGAUCAUGGCCAGCACGUGUUUGACUACACGUGGGUUAAACUGAUUCAGAUCAAGACUUUGCACAUGUCUUCGCUUGCGGAAUAUUAUCAAGCCUUGACCGAGGACGAGACCAACCUUCACGGUUCAGCAAUCGCUCGCUUGCAGCUGGCAGAGAAGUCCAGCAAGCAAGCAUACUCGUCUGCGAAGUCGGUCCUUAGCUACCCAUCGACCGAGUCACGGCUUGGGUCAGAUACCGCCACGAGCAUUCAGGCAAUCACCCGGAGACAGCUGGAAAAUGUGCAGGAGAAGUUGAGCGUGCUGGUCAAGGAUAACGACUUCAUAUAUCACCAAGUCAUCCCUGCGGAGGCCUCGUUGUCUCCUGUGGCGAAAGUACCUGCAGCCAAAGCCAUUCCUCUUUCCGACCUCUACCAAGGACAAGACAUUCAAAGGAUCAUUGGGCCAGAUAUCUUCCAAAAAAUCGUCCCAAUAUCAGUGACCGAGUCGGCCAGCAUGUAUGACGAGGAGAAGGCCAAGUUGAUCCGGUCGGAAGCCGAGAAAGUGGAGCAAGCCAAUGGUGAGAUGGCAGCGAGUCUCGACUAUCUGAAACUCCCGCAGAGCCUGAACGUGUUGAAAGGAGGGUUGGAUCAAGAAACGCGAAUGGACAAGGAAUUCGAACAGUGGUGCCAGGAAAUUGCCGAUCAUCAGCCAUUCAGUGGUGCUUUUGAACAGCUGCAGAAGGACAAACAGGCUGUUUUGACGAGUCUGGCAAAGAGCACGAAACAACUUGAUAUGGAAGAGAGUGUUUGCGAGAAAAUGAGGACCAAAUAUGGUGCGGACUGGACCCAGCAGCCGAGUUCCCGGCUCACGUCGACUUUACGAGCCGACAUCAAAAACUACCGAGAGACCGUCGACCAAGCCGCAGCUAGUGACUCACAACUCCUCGCUGCGGCAGAAUUUUGCGAAGCUGAUUUUGAGGCAAUGAGGAAGGCCGGCGAACAGGGCGAGGCUGAUGUCUUGUAUCAACAAGCCUUGAUCAAGGCCGGCUCGGGGUCGAAAGCGACCAAAAGCGCCGACGAAGGUAGUCUUCUUGAUGAGGAUUACGGUGAGGGUGGGAUGUCGGUUGCCAACCAGAUCGCCAAGGUGGAGGAGCUGUUGCGGAAGCUCAGCCUGGUCAAACACGAGCGGAUGCAAGUGCUGAAGGACUUGAAGGAGAGAGUGCACACUGAUGAUAUAUCCAACGUGCUCAUCUUGAACAAGAAGGCGAUUGCGAAUCAAGAAACUCAACUGUUUCAAGCCGAGCUGGAGAAGUUUCGCUCGCAUCAAAAUCGUCUCAUCUCCACCGUGCACAAGCAGUCGUCCUUGCUCAGAGAACUGACCAAGGCAUAUGGCGAUCUUUUGCAGGACAAGCGAGUACGGGUGGAUCAACAGAGAUACGAUGCGGUGCAGAAGAGCAAGAACAGUGUUCUGAAUAAGUACCGAAGGGUCGUGACUGCGCACCGAGAUCUAAUCCAAGGCCUGAAGCGAGCCCAAACCUUCUACACUGACAUGAAGGAAAGCGUCGAUAGUUUGGAGAAGAAUGUGGAAUCUUUUGUCAGCAAUCGACGGGCAGAAGGUGCACAGCUCCUCCACCAGAUCGAGCAGACCAAAAACAGCUCCGCCGAUGGUCAGGCUGCGGCCGAGCAGAAACGAAUACAAGAGUUGAUGAAUCGGUUGUCGAUGGAGCCAAAAUCGGCCUCUCCGUCCCAGACCGAAGCUCCUGGUCUUCCUCCUCUCCCAGCAGCCAUCAACACAUCCAGAUCUCCAGCGCCUGUUUCUCCGUCAUACCCGACCACGAAUCCCGAUCCGCGGUUCACCAUACCGCCCCGUCACUCACCGGCGCCUGUGGUGCCAAACGGGUAUUCCAAUCAGCUUAAGCCGCCGUCCCAACAACCAGCCAAUCCUUCUCCUGUCGAGUCUCAGCAUGCUUUCGCUCAAGGGGCGGCCGCACCUUUGUCAACCAGUUACAACCCUAUGGCCUACCCGGAGAGAUCCAUCACGACCCCGAUUCAACAAUCAGGCAGUCAGCAGCACUACCCGUUUUCGCCCAUCACAUCUCAGCCAGGGCUGACCGCAUAUUUUCCGCAACAACCUCCGCCUCAGUCGCAUACACCUGUGCAGCCUUUGAACUUUACAUCUCCCACACAGUACUCCCACCCUCAAUACGCAUUUCCGCAGCCUGGAGCAUCCGGAACGUACCCGGCCGCAUCGCCGCAUACACAAAUCCCUCCAGGACAAACCCCAUACCAAAACUACCACCCUACGCCUUACAACAUGCCUCAAAAUUAUAUUCCUCCGCCGCCGCCUCCUGGGCCGCCGGGAGGAGGUUCUACGACCCAAUACGCUCCGAAUCCGUCAGGAGUCUGGCCCAGCGGGCCGGGAGGCUAUGCGAGUUAUGCGCAACCAAGCCGACAUACUCCACAACAGCAACAGCAACAGCAGCAGCAGCAACCAGUGCAACCCCAAGGACAGGGGCCACAAGACCCAGAUCCAUGGGCGGGGCUGAAUGCAUGGAAGUGA